CAGCCGCCUCCUCUGUUCCUUUCUCAUUCAAGAUGGCGGGCGACGAGUCUGGCACAACGCUUGGUCAGCCUCAUCUGGCCAAACAAGACCUCAGUUCUCUGGACGUGUCGACCUUGACGCCUCUCUCUCCAGAGAUCAUCAGCAGACAGGCCACCAUCAAUAUUGGCACCAUCGGUCAUGUGGCCCACGGAAAGUCCACAGUAGUGAAGGCCAUUUCUGGUGUGCACACCGUCAGGUUCAAGAACGAGCUGGAGAGGAACAUCACCAUCAAGCUAGGAUAUGCUAACGCUAAGGUCUAUAAGCUGGACGACCCCAGCUGUCCCCGGCCCGAGUGCUACCGGUCAUGUGGCAGCAGCACUCCGGAUGAGUUUCCCACAGACAUCCCCGGCACCAAGGGCCACUUCAAACUGGUCCGACACGUGUCCUUUGUGGAUUGUCCCGGUCACGACAUUUUGAUGGCCACCAUGUUGAACGGAGCAGCCGUCAUGGACGCAGCCCUCCUGCUUAUUGCGGGGAACGAGUCGUGUCCUCAGCCGCAGACGUCUGAACAUCUGGCUGCCAUCGAGAUCAUGAAGCUGAAGCACAUCCUCAUCCUGCAGAACAAGAUCGACCUGGUGAAGGAGAGCCAGGCCAAGGAGCAGUACGAGCAGAUCCUCGCCUUCGUACAGGGCACGGUGGCCGAGGGCGCUCCCAUCAUUCCCAUCUCCGCCCAGCUCAAGUACAACAUCGAGGUGGUUUGCGAGUACAUCGUCAAAAAGAUCCCGGUGCCCGUCAGAGACUUCAUCUCCGAGCCCCGGCUCAUCGUCAUCAGAUCUUUCGACGUGAACAAACCCGGCUGUGAAGUCGACGACCUGAAAGGAGGCGUGGCCGGAGGAAGCAUCCUGAAGGGGGUGCUCAAGGUGGGUCAGGAGAUCGAGGUGCGACCCGGCAUCGUGUCCAAAGACCAGGAGGGGAAGCUGAUGUGCAAACCCAUCUUCUCCAAGAUCGUGUCUCUGUUCGCUGAGCACAACGACCUGCAGUACGCCGCACCGGGAGGCCUCAUCGGUGUGGGCACCAAGAUCGACCCGACGCUGUGCCGAGCGGACCGUAUGGUCGGUCAGGUGCUGGGAGCCGUCGGAGCGCUGCCAGAGAUCUUCACCGAGCUGGAAAUCUCCUACUUCCUGCUCAGGAGGCUGCUGGGAGUCCGCACAGAGGGAGACAAGAAGGCUGCCAAGGUCCAGAAGUUGUCCAAGAACGAGGUGCUGAUGGUCAACAUCGGCUCGCUGUCGACCGGCGGCCGCGUCAGCGCCGUCAAGGCCGAUCUGGCCAAGAUCGUCCUCACCAACCCCGUGUGCACAGAGGUGGGAGAGAAGAUCGCCCUGAGUCGACGUGUGGAGAAACACUGGCGUCUGAUCGGCUGGGGGCAGAUCAGGAGGGGCGUGACCAUCACACCGACGGUGGACGACGACUGAAGCAGCACGACCAUCCCGCUCCUUUAGCUUUCUUUGGUUUUACGUUGUUUUUUUCCGCCACGAGGAGGAAGGAAGGGAACAGAACAGGGACAUGUCGGCGGUUUAAAGACGCCUCCUCCGUCUUCUCUGAUGCUGGAGGGCGGAGGAGCUGCUUUAGGCCUCCAUUACAAUCCUCCACAAGCCUGGUGCAGACGGCCAUCCUGCACGCGCCACAUAUUUCAGUCCGAUGUAAUAAAAUGAAUUUGGAAGGAA